UUUUUGUUUCAUUAACCUAAACACCCCCCGCGGAUUCUCCAAUAGUCUUCUUGUCUUCAUUUUUCAUUGUUGAUCUAAUUAAGGAUGUCAAGUUCAGUUGUGAGAGAGAGGCAAUAUAUUUGUAGCUGCGCAUAUCAAGAUUUCGAAGCCAACCCUGACCUCCUAGGCGAGUUGCCCUACAACCCUCCAGACCUGGUUCCAAUCGUGUUCAAGCUCUUGAAGACGGUCCGAAGCGGUUUGAUUGAUGAUGAAGAUGAUGAGGAGCCACCAAGUUUGGAAUUGGAAGAAUAUAGGCUCCUUCAUGUAGAAGUGAUCAGGGACGUUGGUCUGUCGCGUCUCAAGCUAUCAUCUCCAAGAUCUAGAAGUGAACUCAAAGAGCGCUUCAUUCAUAUUCUUUCCACAAAACUCCAUGUCCCAGAAGAAGAGCAUCAAACUAUCAUUGACCAGAUCUUUCAAGAGGUUGAUAAGGAUUGCCGGCGUUUUCCUCUCCGCCCAUUGCGGCCCCUUAAAGUGGCUGUAGACAAUGUGACUGUGCGGUUGCGAUUGCGCCCACCUCCUCCUCCUCCUCCUCCUCCUCCGGUUGAUUUUGAUGUUUUCCUUCAGAUGCUAGACUCAGACGACGGCAACGAAUUGUUAUCCUUGAUUACUGAUUAUGAGGAGGAGGGUUUGGAGAAAGUGGGACCUGAUAGCUUGGAAGCUAAGAAACAAGAAUCAUGUCCUAUUUGUAUGGAUGACUUUGAGGAAAAGGAGGAUGCAGCCCCAAUUGCUCGCUUGCCCUGCUUACAUGUUUUUCAUAGACAUUGCAUUCUUUGCUGGCUUCACAGAAAUCCCUUGUGUCCCUUGUGCCGAUGCCCUCUGCGUAAAAAGAGAAAGCUAGAGGAAAUAUUGUCAUCUUCAACUCCAAUUGGUCCCUCAUCAAAUAUUCCAAGGCUUAGCUAGCUGAUCAGAGAUCAGAAUAAAAUGUACAUAUAUGUAUUCAACAAAGACUACUGUAUUUUAUUUAUGCUUGAAAUUGCAAAAGAAUUGCAGUUCAUAAUCAUUUCUUUCCA